GUCGACGAGCGCAGAGCACAGAGCUAACUGCCGAGAGGAAAAGUGGAAUGAUAAGUGAUUCAAGGAUCCCUAAAGCGAUAUUUAUCUGGUCGACGAUCAACAAGCACCACCUCUUUAUGAGCAAGAAUUGACUUGUGCAGCUGAAGAAGAAUGUCCCCUCAGCCACAGGGUGGGAGCUCCAAUUUGGAGCAGGCAGAGCUACAGCCUGUUAAAGAAGAGGCAGAGCCACAGCCCACCCACAUUAAAGAAGAAGAGGCGGAGCCACAGCCCACCCACAUUAAAGAAGAAGAGGCGGAGCCACAGCCCCCCCACAUUAAAGUGGAAGAGGAGGAGCCACAGCCCACCCACAUUAAAGAGGAAAAGGUGGAGGCACAGCCCCCUUAUGUUAAAGAGGAAGAGGAGGAACUCUCCAUCACUCAGAAAGGAGAGCAUCUUCUAGGGCCAGAGGAGGCUGAUCUCGCCAGGUUGCCACUGACUGGUGUCUCUGUGAAGACCGAAGACCAUGAAGGCAAACCAGCUGAGUCCUCACAGCUUCAUCAUCGUCCAAGUGAGGAGAUGAGAGAGGCGGUGCCUUCAUGCAGCAGCUCACUGCAACACAUGACAACAGAAGCUGAUGGAGACCACUGUGGAGGAUCACAAGCAGACAACUUCUUAGCUCCACUGUCAGAUAGAGCCAACAUAACGUCACACUCUCCUGAAGAUGAAGACAGCGACUACAACCAAGAAUCUCUGAGCAGCGAUACAGACUGUGAAGGUGAUAUGGCGAAUCACACUGACAACAAACACUCUGAAAAGAAGACAGGUAAACGUUUUAACUGCUCAGUUUGUACUAAAAGAUUUUCUUGUAAGAGUCAUUUGGCUCGACACAUGAGAACACACACAGGAGAAAAACCUUUUAGUUGCUCAGACUGUGGCAAAGGCUUCACUCGAAAGUCAGACAUGCAAUUACACAUGAGAACACACACAGGAGAAAAACCUUUUCGCUGCUCAGACUGUGGUAAACGCUUCACUUUAAAGGCUAACAUGCAAAGACACAUGAGAACACACACAGGAGAAAAACCUUUUCAUUGCUCAGACUGUGGUAAACGCUUCACUCAAAAGAUACACAUGAAAUCGCACAUGAGAACGACGCACACAGGAGAAAAACCUUUUAGUUGCUCAGACUGUGGUAAACGCUUUACUCAAAAGUCAGACAUGCGAAUGCACAUGAUUGUACACACAGGAGAAAAACCAUUUAGUUGCUCAGACUGUGGAAAACGCUUCACUCAAAAGACAAACCUGCAAUCACACAUGAGAACACACACAGGAGAAAAACCAUUUACUUGCUCAAAUUGUGGUAACACAUAUACUUGGCAGCGCUCUUUUAAAAAACACAUGCAGAGUCACUGAUGGUUUACUGUUUUACUCGCCUGGCUCCCAUGCAGCCACUGUGUUGCAGGGCUCUACAAAAUUCAGAAAUUGAGAAUGACCAGUAAAUUCCAUUUCAAUUCUUGAAUUGGAAUUUGAAUUCUGGUUUCAAACAGGAAGCAAAAUUGCAAUUCAAAAUCAAAUUGCAGGAAGUAGAAUUGAAAUUCCAUCCAUCUUCUAUGCCGCUUAUCCUCUCUAGGGUCGCGGGCAUGCUGAAGCCAAUCCCUGACUUUGGGCAAGAGGUGGGGUACACCCUGGACUGGUCGCCAGGGUGGGCAGAUAUAUAGAUAUAUACUGUACAUAUAGACAGUCACUGUCACAUUCAUACCUAUGGACAAUUUAGUGUCGCUAAUUCACCUUACAUGCAUGUUUUUGGAAUGUGGGGGGAAACCGGAGAAAACCCAUGCACGCACGGGAAGAACAUGCACACUACAUGCCCAACGGAGAUUCAAACCCAGAUUUUCCUGAUCUCCUGACUGUGUGGCCAACACUUUAACCACCGUGCGGCCUGAAUUGAAAUUGAAAUUCAAAGAAAGUCAUAAUGCAUAAUUAAGUUUUAUGUCACAAUGAAGCUUUACGGUAUAUAUUUAAAACAUGAGUUUUAUAAAAAUAUGAUUGUAUGGACCUUAUGUGCAUACUUUAUUAUAGAAGGUAGUUAAAUAUAGUAAUUGAAUUUAUUUAUCACAAAUUAACAUUGAAAACCUAUUCAGAUAAAAUAGAUAAUUAAAAUUGUAAAAGCUUUCAAAUUGUUGGAUAGGCAAAUAGAACAGCGCUUCAUCUCCCAGAUUACCUUGGUACAAGGUAUAACUACAUAUUCUGCCUUUACAAAGAUGAUAAUGCUCAUGGAGGUGUUGAUUGAAUAUCAUGAUAGUUUCAGAAAAAGAGUUAAGUACAAACUGGUUGUUUUUUUUUGUUUUUUUUUUACAUUUCAUUGUCUUUAUUAUGGUUAAUGUCAUUUUACGCUUGUAUGGCAAUUAAGUAUGUUAAAAUAAUUACAAUAAGCCCUUGUCAAUUGUCUUAAAGGUUAUUGUUUUUAGGUUUUCAUAUGAAGUAUUAACUUAUUUUUAUACUUGCAUGGCAAUUAACGUAAGAAAAUGACGUGGCACCUUUUGUCUGUCUCAAAAAUGGCUUAAAAAUUAAAAUUGGUUAUUGUAUUGUUUGUACAUUAUAAUAUUAACAUGGGUUAAGUUAUUUUUACACUGGUAUGACAAGCAGGAUUUAAAAAAAAAUGGCAGGAAUCUUUUGUCAAUUUUUUUUACAUUUUUAUAUUAAUUUAAUUCAGGGGGUUCCAAAGUGUGGGCCGGGGGCCAUUUGCAGCCCGUUUUUAUUGGCCUGUAAAAAAUAAUAAUAAAUAAUAAUAAUAAAAUAAUAAAAAAUAAUAAAUAAUAAUGGGAAAAAUUGAGCAAAAAGGCACAAUGUAAAUAGAAAAAUGUGAAAUGCUGAUGCUAAUAGUUAAUAACAACACAAUGCUUUGUCUUUGUCAAUUUACAAAUCAGAAUUGUAUUAGCCUUUUUACAAAAUUAAAAAAUAUGUAUUAAAAACAUACAAGCGGACUCCCACAUGCUUUGAUUUGUCAGUACACGGCAUAAGAUCUCGCAAGAUUAAAACUCAUUCUCAUUCAGAAAGAAAAUUGCCUCGUGGGCACUAGGCCUGGGACGAUAACUGCUUUAUCCAAUUUUUUAAAAUGGCUGUCCUAACAAAUUGAUGAUUAUAAAUAAUCAAAGGCCAGAGCUGGUUUGUACUUCGAUUUCUCAAACUGCUAAACUUUCCAACAUUAAGGAAUAUACUUAAUGUUAGUGUCUGUUAGUGUCAUUUGGAAGAAAAAUGUAUGCUAAACGUAUCUAGUUCUCACUGAUAUGCGACGAGAAUUAAUUUCUCUUCAUUGCAUUGAAUUCAAUUCCACUUCCUGUAAUUAAUAUUCAAUUCACCAUCCUGUGGGGUGGAGUCAGUUCAGCUUCAAAUUCAUAUUCAUUGAAUUGGAUUUUGAAAUUCUGAAUUUUGCACAGGCCUGCUGUGUUGUCACUGUGUUGUAAUAUCCUUUGCACGUGUCUUUGUUCGAUAAACACAUCUUGUUUUUAUUAAUAGGUAAAAGGAAGACAUGGUGACUGCAGUGGUUCCAUUUGUAGUUAAAGGUGUUUUAUUUGACUUUAUGCUAUCAUCACGAAAUGCUACCUGAUUAAGUCACUUCCUGUUCAAUUACUUCCAAAUUCGGUCUGGAAAGUAGUGAUGAUUCAAAUGAUGAAUGUUCACAAAUAGGUGUAUUGAUAUAUAUUUAUUGUUUUCCAGAAUUGUCAGGUGUUUUAUUCUGAUUAUAAAUACGAUCAAGAAAAUUGACAAAACUAUUACAGUUAAAAAGUACAAUGUCGGUAUCGAUGUCAGCGAUACUGGCUCUCUACUGACUGGGUAUCGCAUGGAUUGACUGAUGCUGUAUUUUAUUCUGGACAUUGAAUGCAACACCUAAUAAUAAAGUUGGUUUCCAAUGUAUCUGUUUCAGCCUAAAUUGUAUCAGGUCUGCUUUGUCUUACUUGGUUUGGUCCUUAGAGGGCAACGUUUGGUUGGACACUGCUUGGUUGCUUGGGGGCAUUACCGGAAGCAACAGUCUUGACCCAUUG